GAAGCCAUGGUGGCUGAUGGCAAGUCCAAAUCAAAUAUCUCCUUCGCCGGCACCUUCGUCAGCAGUGCUUUCGCAGCAUGUUUCGCCGAGGCAUGCACUAUCCCUUUAGACACCGCCAAAGUUAGGCUCCAGCUUCAAAAACAAGCUAUAGCUGGUGACGCAGUGACCUUACCUAAAUAUAAGGGCUUGCUUGGGACAGUUGCGACCAUUGCAAGGGAAGAAGGUGCUUCAGCACUGUGGAAGGGCAUUGUGCCAGGACUACAUCGUCAGUGUUUGUUUGGAGGGUUAAGAAUUGGGUUAUAUGAGCCUGUUAAGAAUUUCUACGUGGGAAGUGACUUUGUUGGAGAUGUUCCAUUAUCAAAGAAAAUUCUUGCUGCCCUUACAACUGGUGCUGUGGGAAUUACCAUAGCUAAUCCAACUGAUCUUGUGAAAGUUCGACUUCAGGCUGAAGGAAAAUUACCUCCUGGUGUACCAAGGCGCUACUCUGGAUCACUGAAUGCGUAUUCUACGAUUGUGAGACAGGAAGGAGUUGGAGCUCUUUGGACAGGGAUUGGCCCCAAUAUAGCAAGAAAUGCUAUCAUCAACGCUGCUGAACUAGCCAGCUAUGAUCAAGUGAAACAGAGCAUUUUGAAAAUCCCAGGUUUUACCGACAAUGUUGUAACUCAUCUCCUUGCUGGUCUAGGGGCAGGGUUUUUCGCUGUCUGUAUUGGCUCUCCAGUUGAUGUGGUUAAAUCCAGGAUGAUGGGAGAUUCUACUUACAAGAGCACUCUUGAUUGUUUCGUGAAAACUUUGAAGAACGACGGACCUUUUGCCUUCUAUAAGGGGUUCAUCCCAAAUUUUGGACGGCUGGGAUCCUGGAAUGUGAUCAUGUUUCUAACCUUAGAACAGGCUAAAAAGGUCGUCAGAAGUAUAGAGUCAUCCUGAGUUCAUGCAAAUACCAGUAGGACGAUUACUGGGCAUUGUCUGCAAAUGCAAUGCAAUCUGUUGAGAAAAUAAUAUAUCCUCUUCCCCUCAUUUUCUGAAAUAGGGGAUAUCGUUGAACAAAAACAACAGUAUUGAUAGGCUGUUCAAUAUGGCUAUACAGCUCCCAGUCAGAUUUAUUGCUUGUUGAAGCUUGCUUCAUCUUGCCCCACGUUUUACGUCUGAGAGGUUGUCAGCUGCGUUUUAGUGAUGAUUUUAAUUAGACUUAAGAAUAUACAAA